GUGUGUUUGUGAUUGGGAUGAUCGUGAAAAUAAGUUUAUUGAAGUUGAAGGAAUUCUGAGAAGACAGAUAAAGAUGUCUCUUAUUCCUAGUGUGCAACCUUUCCAUGCAAUAUCCUAUUCAAUUGAUCCAAUGCUUGCACUGGAGAUAAGUCGUAAAUAUGUUGCAUACUGCUCUGUCAUUGCAUCUCGUUAUUCUCUUCCUUCGUUCAAUUAUCCAGCAGCCUUGCCCAUAAAGAGCGAAGGUGGAAGUAAAAGGCUAAGGGUCGGGUAUUUUAGCAGCGACUUUGGUAACCAUCCUCUGUCUCAUCUGAUGGGUUCUGUCUUUGGUAUGCAUGAUAGAGAGAAUGUUGAGGUCUUUUGCUAUGCUUUAAGUGCAAAUGAUGGAUCUGAAUGGAGGCUGCGUAUCCAAUCAGAAGUGGAGCAUUUUAUAGAUGUCUCAUCCAUGUCAUUUGAUAUGAUUUCCAGGAUGAUUAACGAGGAUAAAAUACAGAUCCUUGUCAAUCUUAAUGGUUAUACUAAGGGGGCAAGAAAUGAAAUAUUUGCCAUGCAGCCGGCCCCUAUACAGAUUUCUUACAUGGGAUUUCCUGGAACUACAGGCGCGGACUAUAUACAUUACCUAGUUACUGAGGAGUUUGUGUCACCUUCUCAAUUCAAUCAUAUUUAUUCAGAAAAGAUUGUCCAUCUUCCUCAUUAUGCUGUUCAAAGAGGUGUACAACCAGAUCAGAUUAUUUUCACAGAUGUUGCCAUGAAGGGUGAACAUAUCAAGCGCAGUUCUUUAGCAUAUUUAUUCUUGGACACGCCAUUAUGCAAUGCGCACACCACAGGCACUGAUGUUCUAUGGGCUGGUCUUCCAAUGGUGACCCUUCCACUUAAGAAAAUGGCUACGCGAGUAGCUGGUUCACUGUGUCUGGCCACUAGUGUAGGAGAGGAAAUGAUAGUUAACAGGUAA